CAUCAUACUCUAUCUGGCUUAGAACUUGUAUCGAUUAUAGUAAAUAGAUAGAUAGAUAGAUAGAGAUCUGUAAUAAUGAAGUUUGGCAAAGAAUUCACGGCACAGAUGGUGCCAGAAUGGCAAGAAGCAUACAUGGAUUACGACUACCUGAAAACUAUUUUGAAAGAGAUAGAAAUAUACAAGGAAAGAAACCGGCCGCCGUCGAUUAAACGUACUGAUGGUGCGUCUGGAGGACUGAGUCGGAAGCUUACCCUUUACAGAGCUUUUAGCGGACUCACAAAGAGAGGAAACAAGAAUUCUCCAACCGACUUAGAAAGCCAGGUCAUAUUCGUACCGGAGAAUACUGGAAACAACAACAACAACACUCAGGUACAGACCAGGUUUUUAAUGGCCACCGAUGCAGGAGGGGAGUAUGAGGCGGUUUACUUUCGGAGGCUAGACGAUGAGUUCAAUAAAGUGAUCAACUUCUACAAAUCCAAAGGCGACGAGGUCAUCAAGGAAGCAACCGUCAUUAACAAACAAAUGGAUGCCCUAAUUGCGUUUCGAAUCAAAGUGGAUGACCCUCAAAUGGAGGCCGCCGAGGAGAUUUCUCGUUUUGUAUCCAAUGUUGCUGCCUCAACCGCGGCAAUGUCCGCCACAACUCCAUCUGCAGCCAGAAGAACUUCAAUGAGUGUGAUCCAGGAAGAGGGUUUGGGAAGCCACGGUGAUGAAACCACGCCUACAGAAUCAUCCGACCCUGUCAGCGAAUUAGAACUGACAAAGCAGGAGCAGCAGCAGCUGAAAAAGAAUAAGAAGAAGAUGAAUACAAUUACAAACAAGCAGGUAAGGCCAGCUCCCCUAGAAAUCCUUAACCAUGUGCAUAUCAACAACACUCUCGAGACACCUCGAUCCACUCUUAAAGGAUUCCUCAAGCUUCCGCACCAGACAAAAUUGAAGUUCAACCGCGAAAAUCUCAGGAGAAUCGAACAACAGCUCACCAAGGCCUUGGUAGAAUUCUAUCACAAGCUUAGGCUUCUAAAGAGCUACAGCUUCUUGAAUUUGCUGGCAUUUUCGAAGAUUAUGAAGAAAUAUGACAAGAUAACUUCAAGAAGUGCAUCUAAAGCUUACAUGAAGAUGGUAGAUAACUCUUACCUGGGCAAUUCUGAUGAUUUGAACAAGCUCAUGGAGAGAGUAGAAGCGACAUUCAUCAAGCAUUUCGCAAACUCUAACCGCCACAAAGGAAUGAGCAUCUUAAGGCCAAAGACGAAUAUCAGGGAAAAACAUAGGAUCACAUUCUCAUUAGGACUCUUGGUAGGGUGCACAAUAGCACUCAUAGUAUCCCUUGUUCUUAUCAUACGCACACGCAAUAUCUUGGAUCAUGUGGGAAGUACUCAGUACAUGAACAACCUCUUUCCCCUUUACAGCUUAUUUGGAUUGUUGGUCCUUCACAUGCUGAUGUAUGCGGGAAACAUUUUCUUGUGGAGACGAUACCGAGUGAAUUAUUCAUUCAUAUUUGGUUUCAAAGAAGGAAGCGAGUUGGGUUACAGACAAAUCCUGCUUGUUGGCUUCAGUAUUGCUGUUCUAGCUCUAGCUGCUGCUCUUGCCAACUUAGAUAUGGAAAUGGACCCAAUCACAAAAGAUUAUAAAGUUUUCACAGAGCUGCUUCCUCUUGGACUUGUAGUGCUUCUUUUAGUAAUUCUGGUGUGUCCAUUCAACAUUAUUUACCGGUCAAGUCGAUUCUUCUUCCUUGUUUGUAUAUUCCACUGCAUUUGUGCCCCUCUUUACAAGGUUACACUUCCAGACUUCUUCUUGGCUGAUCAGCUCACUAGUCAGGUACAAGCCCUUAGAAGUCUCGAAUUCUAUAUUUGCUAUUAUGGAUGGGGAGAUUUCAGACAUCGACAGAAUACAUGUCAAUCCAGUGAUGUCUAUAAAAUCUUCUCCUUCAUUGUGGCAGCCCUUCCAUAUUGGUCCCGUCUUCUUCAGUGUCUUAGGCGACUUUAUGAAGAAGGAGAUCCUAACCAAGGAGUGAAUGGUCUAAAAUAUUUGUCCACAAUCAUAGCAGUGAGCUUUAGAACAGCGUAUACUCUAAACAACAAAUCAGUAAGUUGGAGAAUAGCAGCUGUGAUUUCCUCUGCUCUGGCAACAGCUUUUGGAAUGUACUGGGACAUUGUAAUGGAUUGGGGAUUAUUGCAAAGGAACUCGAAAAACAGAUGGCUCAGAGACAAGCUACUCAUUCCCCAUAAAAGCGUUUAUUACUUUGCAAUAGUUUUGAAUACACUUUUGAGAUUUGCCUGGAUGCAGACUGUCCUCAAUUUCCAGGUUUCUUUCAUGCAUAGGCAAGCCAUGAUUUCCCUUGUAGCCUUGUUGGAGAUCAUCCGUCGUGGUAUAUGGAAUUUCUUCAGGUUGGAGAAUGAACACUUGAACAAUGUGGGCAAGUUUCGGGCAUUCAAGACAGUUCCUUUGCCUUUCAACUACGAUGAAGACGACAAUAGCAAAGAUGAGUGAAAAUUCAUGUAAAGAGAAUUCAUGGACAUUAAUAUGUAUUCAUUAAUAUAUCUUCAGUUUUACUAAAUUUGUUUUAAUAUUUAUUACUUUUACUC